CCAGCAAUCCAAUCAGAGUAAUUCUGUUCCUGCAUAAAUACCGGGGCAAGCGGUCUGUUCCAGUGCACUAGCGUUACAGGCAAGUCAUGGCCCGGACCAAGCAGACGGCGCGCAAGUCCACCGGCGGGAAGGCCCCACGCAAGCAGCUGGCCACCAAGGCGGCCCGCAAGAGCGCACCGGCCACAGGCGGCGUCAAGAAGCCGCACCGCUACCGGCCCGGAACCGUGGCCCUGCGCGAGAUCCGCCGCUACCAGAAGUCCACCGAGCUGCUGAUCCGCAAGCUGCCCUUCCAGCGCCUGGUGCGCGAGAUCGCGCAGGACUUCAAGACCGACCUGCGCUUCCAGAGCUCGGCCGUCAUGGCGCUGCAGGAGGCGUGCGAGGCCUACCUGGUGGGCCUGUUCGAGGACACCAACCUUGAGCUUCAACUUCUCUUCACUAUGUCUGGUCGUGGCAAAGGCGGGAAGGGUCUUGGCAAAGGCGGCGCCAAGCGCCACCGCAAGGUGCUGCGCGACAACAUCCAGGGCAUCACCAAGCCCGCCAUCCGCCGCCUGGCCCGCCGCGGCGGCGUCAAGCGCAUCUCCGGCCUCAUCUACGAGGAGACCCGCGGGGUGCUCAAGGUCUUCCUGGAGAACGUGAUCCGGGACGCCGUCACCUACACGGAGCACGCCAAGCGCAAGACGGUCACGGCCAUGGACGUGGUCUACGCGCUCAAGCGGCAGGGUCGCACCCUCUACGGCUUCGGCGGCUGAGCGUCCCCACCGCCCUCGCCCUGCGGCCCCGGUUUCUCCACAAAAGGCCCUUCUCAGGGCCACCCACUUGACCACACGAAGGGCUGUUAGUAACCACCAGACCUGAAGGUAGUGCGUGUCUCUUUGUGUCGGUGUUCUGUUGGGAUUCUAACUUUUAACAAGAACGUGACUCCUUGCAAAGUCGGGCGCGCUCGCGUCUGGUGCCAUUUUCCAGUCUGCGGCCGCGGGCUAAGAUGGCGGCUCUCAGACGAGCCCAAAGGACAAAGGGAAUUGCGGGGGCGGGGGAGGCGCGGUGCCCUCAGGCGUUCGGGAACGCCCGGGUUUGCUGCCCCCUGGAGCAAGUUGCCUUUGGAAUGGCGGCCGUUGUCCAACUGAACUGUUACUAAUUGGUUUCAUUGUAUUCGGGGACCUUAAGAUUCACUUUCCCAGAAGGCUGCGCGGACCUGCCACUCGGUGUCCUGUAGGGGGCGCCCGGCCUUCGCGGGAACCCCCUGCAGGAAACCCUGGGAGAGCCGUGCACAGUUAGGCGGGUAAAAGCAAAAAUCAGGCCUGGAAGGGUCUUCAUUUUUCUCUUUCUCAGGACAUUCCUGAUGACGUGGAACUCGUCAUCGCUCAUCUUACUGCUUUAUUUUUUAAAUUGUAAAUGAUUUAAACCCUCCUUCGUGUGUUCUGUCCACCGACGGCCUUCCCACCGGUGACCGGGCCUUCAUCCUUUGCUCUCCGUUUCCCGGCAGGCAGAAGAGGCGGUGUUUAGACCGAGUCCUGAUCUCCCUGCACCUGUGUUCUAAACCCUUCCCUUACCUGUGCCAUUUAAACCCCCAGUAAAACACACCCAGUCCA